AUGUGGUCUGCAGCGCUAUGCACUCUCGGUGUAUCCAAACCUAUUUGGGGAUGCAAUUGUUUGAACUUUCGACAAGGAAUGAUUUCGGAGUCUCGUGGAAAGAGGCCUUUAAAAAUUUGGGACAGUUGGCGCAAUGUCCGUAAAGGUCUCGUCGUAGGUAGUUUCGAGGAACUAAUAGUUAGAGGAAAGGACAAGUUAGGAGUGCCAGCAGCGGAACCUGUCCGUUUGGUUUUAGAAUGCGAUGGCACUCAAGUAGAGGAUGGAGAGUACUUCCGGACGCUAGCGAACAACACUGUCCUGUUAUUGUUACGACAAGGAGAACGGUGGUACCCAACAGGUGUCGAUGUGAUCAAAGCUGCAAUAUCGGCCAUACCUAAAAUUGUCUGCGAGACUAUACAUGCCUUGGAGUUGCAGGAUGAAACACCAUCUUGGAAGAUUAUGGAUAACAAGGGACGUGUCACCGUUGUACUACACUGGGAUCAACGCCAGGGUGGCCAAGGGGGAGGUCAAAGCGGCAGUGGCAUUGGUGGAGGUUCAGGCAGUGGUGGUGGAGUACUGAGUAAUGGUCCUAGCUCAGAAAAAUUUUCGCCUUCUAAGAAAAGCUUAUCAACUCAGAAUUCCCUCGACAAAGGGUCUGUUUCAAGUCAGCAGCGUUACCCGAGCCCGCAAAUCACGGUAAUAAACCAUGAUGAUCCUCAGUCCGCGAUAUACCACUCAGCGAGACGGUUAUCGAAACAAGGUGGUUCAUUUGAUAGCGCUGUGGGAGCUGUUCAUAUUCACACUCCUGAGUGUGCGCAUCAUGCCCACACACCUACACGUGCUGGAAGUCCUGGUGCGACAGAGUGUGACUUUCACUGCUGUGCGUUACAUGAAGAAGGUCGGAAAAUCGCGGUACACAAAAAUGUGGCUACAUCUCCGAUACAAGAUGGAUCCACCAGUCCACAACCACCACCCAGCAGUUUAUCAGACAGUAGACGAACAUCCACAAGCAAAGGGCACGUGCGUUUCCUCGACAUUGGCCCUGAGCGAGACAGUUCCGAAAGUGAAACAGAAAACACAGUUAUGGAAGAUGAAACUGUCACGUCGGAGAAAUUUUUAUUACUGAUCGACCAACUAUCGGUGGACCAGAAGCGCCAUCUUAGCAUAAAGGACAUCGGUAUUAUCCUCGAACGACUUAGUUCCAAAAUUCUAGAUGUAGAACGGUUGGAUCGCGAAAGUGAAUCCGAUGAUUGCUACAACUGGACGAUCAAAGCAACGAUACGUGGUGAUGCGUUACGCGAGUUAGGUGUUAUAUAUAACGGUAAUUACUAUGCAAUAUCGGAACAUCCUGGUUACAAAGAAGAAAACGAAGAAAACGGCGAAGAUGUAGAAGAAGAAGAUGAAGAUCGUUUAUAA